GCUUCUUUUAUUAUUCUCAUUCAUCAUGGCUACAUGUUCUUCAACAGGAAGCUUCCCUAUUUUUGCUGCUACAAUGCUACUUCAUUUUGGGCUGCUAAUUGCUAGGCUAGACACAACAGGGACACAAACAGGUGUUUGUUACGGAAUGAUUGGCAACAAUCUACCAUCUCAACAAGAAGUUGUGGAUCUAUACAAAACCCUAAACAUCCCAAGCAUGAGACUCUAUUAUCCAGACCAAGGAGCUCUCCAAGCCCUAAGUGGCUCCAACAUUGAACUCAUGUUGGGUGUCCCAAAUGAUGCACUUCAAGGCAUAGCAAGCAGCACUUCCACUGCAAAUGACUGGGUGCAGUCUAAUGUGGUAGCCUACUCGUCUACUGUAAAAUUCCGGUACAUUGCCGUCGGCAAUGAAGUCAGUCCUGUCAAUGGCAAUUCUCAAUAUGUAAACUUCGUUCUCCCGGCGAUGCAAAACAUUCAAAGUUCAAUUUCAGCAGCUGGCUUACAAAUCACAGUGACCACAUCGGUUGAAACUGGACUCCUUGGGACCUCCUACCCUCCAUCCCAAGGUGCAUUUAGAUCCGAUGUGAGUUCAUAUAUAGACCCAAUUAUAUCUUUCCUUGCCGGAAACAGGGAACCACUACUGGUAAAUGUGCAUCCUUACUUCAGUUACAAGGCUAACACUGGUUCCAUCUCCCUUUCCUAUGCCCUCUUUACAUCCUCAUCAGUUGUGGUGCAAGAUCCAUAUAGUAACCUUGGAUAUCAAAACCUGUUUGAUGCUACGGUCGAUGCUCUCUACUCUGCUCUGGACAAGGCAGGUGGUUCUAGUGUUGGAGUUGUUGUAUCGGAGACUGGUUGGCCAACUGCAGGAGGUACCUCAACAACAAUAGCAAAUGCACAGACUUACAAUAACAAUCUGAUUCAACAUGUGAAGAAUGGAACACCGAUGAAGUCUGGGGUUUUGGAGACUUAUGUGUUUGCCAUGUUUGAUGAAAACCUAAAGACUCCAGCAGGGGAAGAGAAUUACUGGGGAAUAUUCACUCCAGAUAAACAAGCCAAAUACCUAGUCAGCUUCUCCUAAAUUUGUUAAAACAGAGAAGUGUUGAAGGGGUUCUCUAUUCUAUGUUUUUUCUUUCUUAAAUAAAUGCUUACCCAUUUCUUUAAUUAAGGGAUUCCAGGACUAUGAUGAAAUAAUUGUCUCCAAGGGGUCAGCCUUGAAUUUAUACAUGAAAUUUAAUAAGUAAAGGUAGAAAUUUUUAUAUAUAGUAUUCCUUUUAGUGAAGGCAAUGUUAUUGCAAAUUUUAUUAUAAAGAAAUGUGCUAUGACACAAUGGUCUAUUUAUCA